UAAAGAGGAUAGAUAGGAUAACCCCUUCAUCUUCAACAUCAUCAUCAAGAGAGCAACUAAGAAAGAAAGAACAGCUCUUUCUCUCUCUCUCUCUUACCCACAAAAAUGGCGUUUGCAACAAUGGCAUUCUCUUGUUCUUCACUUUCUGCAACAACAACAACACUUAAAACUCAAAACCCACAAAAUUCAAAGUUUCCAAUUUCACCCUCCACUCUCUCUCCUCCUCAAAGACUCUCUCUUUUCCCAGUUUCAGCCUUCAACACUCGCAAAAUCCGCAGACUUAUUGAAAAAUUGCCAGAAGAUUUCGAUGAAUCAGAAAUACCCGCAUCAUUCAAAAGAGCACCCUUCACAAAACCCCAAAUUGAUGAUGUUUGGCCUGAAAAUAUUGAAAUUCCUAAAGAGGGUUCACCAGAAUUUGAAGCUAUUAUUGACGAACUUCUUCCCAAAAGACCCCCAGCUCCUCCUCGUGAAGAGAUUUUUGCUGUUGUUAUGGUUGGUUCUAGGCAGUACAUUGUCAUCCCUGGACGAUGGAUUUACACCCAGAGACUCAAAGGUGCUAAUGUUAAUGAUAAGAUCGUUCUGAACAAGGUAUUGUUAGUUGGAACUAAAACCAGUACCUACAUAGGAACCCCCGUGGUCACAAAUGCCACGGUGCAUGCUGUUGUGGAAGAACAGUUGCUGGAUGACAAAGUAAUCGUCUUCAAAUAUAAGAAGAAGAAGAACUAUAGAAGAAAUAUCGGUCAUAGACAGCCCAUUACUCGAAUUAAGAUAACGGAGAUCACUGGUUAUCAAGAUUACCCAGCUUCUACUCUAGAAGCAGCAGAAGCUACUCUAGCCGCAGCAGCUUCUGCACUAGAGCCAGCAACAGUUUCAAGCUAAAGAGCAAAUCGGCAACAUUAUUUUCUUUUUUACAGUCUUCGCCAGCAGAGUUUUUGAUUUAUAAAGCAGCGUUAUCUUUUUGCCAAAAUUAGGCUGUUUGUAUGAUUUAAUCUGAUAGGAUCCAUGUUGGGAAGAAGUUCCUUUGACCAGAGUUUGCUGUAUAUUUCUCCUAAGUACAAAUUCCAAAGCAAUUAUGUAAAUUUAUGCAUUUCAAAAGAGACAGCUUUAUGGUCAUGAACAAAUCUUAGCUUUAGGGCUACCUUCAUUGCUUGA